UAAUAUGUGCCAUACCUUUAUUUGCAAAGCUCGUGCUUUGAACAAGAAGGAUGGAUAAAAAACAAUCAUCCAAGCUGGAUAAUUGUAUUGUAUGUCCUGUCUGCAAUUCCAGACAUUUGUUCAGAAAGGACAAAGUUCAGAAUGGAGUGUUUGCUGCCAACUGUGAAUGUUGUGGACAUUUUAUCAAAUUCAGUGUGAAAUCUGAUGUCAACUCUAAAAUCACAGUAACUAUCAAUGGACAGAAAUAUACAGUUGGAAAUGAAUAUCCACCAUGGACUUCACUGAACACAUAUCUAAGAAAAGAGAGGAUUUCUGUUGGUACAAAAGUCAUGUGCCAUGAAGGAGGAUGUGGUAUUUGUAUGGUGGAGGCCAAGUUAUAUGAACCUAUAUCAGAUAGCAUGAAAAGUUAUCCAAUUAAUUCUUGCCUGUGUCCAUUAUUUAUGUGUGAUGGGUUGGAAAUUACUACCAUAGAAGGUAUAAAUGAUGUCAUACCAAAACGACUGGCAAAAUAUAACGGUUCUCAAUGUGGAUAUUGUAGUCCUGCUCAGGUCAUGAAUAUGCAUGCUUUACUAGAUUUCAACAAAGGAUCAGUAUCAAUGAAGGAGGUAGAAGAUGCAUUUGAUGAUGUCAUAUGUAGAUGUACAGGAUACAGACCAAUAUUAGAUGCAAUGAAGUCAUUUGCUGUAGACUCAUCACAAAAAAAUAAAACCACAGCAACAGAUAUUGAGGAAUUAGGGAAAAUGUUUUGUCAUAAAACAGGACAGCGUUGCCAUGGUAAAUGUCACCCUGAGAUGGGACAACAACUACAGGUGAUUGGUGUUGAUACUGUUUGGUACAGACCAAUGACCUUGGAUCAACUAUUGAAGAUCAUUUCAGACAAUCCAGGAAAGAAAGUUAGAUUUGUAUUUGGCAAUACUGGAUCAGGUGUAUAUAAGAGUGAUCUUGAUCUUGCAAACUUUGACAUACUAAUGGAUCUUAGAGGAAUUAAGGAAUUAUAUGGUAUUGAUUUUGACCCAACAGUUGUCCUAGGAGCUGGUCUGUCCAUCACUCAGCUGAUUGAUAUAUUUACAAGAACCAAGUUGGAGACUUCAUUUGGAUACUUUACACAGAUUAGGAAUAUGCUACAAAGAGUUGCUACUACAUCUGUACGCAGUCUUGGAUGCUGGGCAGGUAAUCUAAUGUUAAAGCAUCUUCAUCCAGAAUUCCAGUCUGAUAUCUAUGUUUCUCUAGAGGCUGCUAAUGUAGGACUUAUGAUUGCUGACAAAACAGGAUCAAACCAAGUACCUAUAGGCCAGUUUCUGAAGACAGAUAUGACCAACAAAGUUAUAGUAGCCAUGUUGUUACCAUCAAUGAGUGAUGACUAUUUUAUAAGGAUGUACAAAGUGGCACAGAGAGCAGAGAAUUCACAUUCAUUUGUAAAUGCUGGAAUAAGAAUGAAAAUUGACAAGAGUAACAAGUUUGUUGUGAAAGAAAAACCAUGUAUUGUUUUCUCUGGAAUUUCUAAAGAUUUUGUUCAUGCUGUACAAACAGAGAAUUAUUUACUAGGAAAGGAACUUAGUGAUGUGAAAGUUAUCCAAGGAGCAAUGACAACUCUUGCAUCAGAGCUAAUUCCAGACCCUGACAUUGACUCUGUGGAACCCAGUGUAGGAUACAGGAAAAAUGUAGCUAUGGGAUUUCUGUAUACAUACUUUCUGGAGUUGCUAGGAGAUACUGCUGGAUCUAAAUAUAGAAGUGGUGCCAUGCCCCUACAGAGACCCCUAUCUUCAGGACAGCAGUCAUAUGAUACCAAACCAAUGGAGUGGCCCCUUACUGAACCCCUGAUGAAGUUAGAGGCCAUGAAUCAGACAACAGGUAAAGCCCAGUACAUAAAUGACAUACCUCUACAUAAACCUCUGUAUGCUGCAUUUGUAACUAGUACUGUUGGUAAUGCUAAGUUACAGAGUAUGGAUCCUUCUAAAGCUCUGAGCAUGCCUGGAGUUUUGAAGUUUAUCACAGCUAAAGAUAUACCUGGAACAAACAACUGCUCCCCACCUCUUGGCCCAACAUUUAUGGUAGAAGAGGUGCUCUGUAGUGGUGAUGUAAUGUAUGCAGGGCAAGCUUUAGGAAUAAUAGUUGCUGAUGAUGAAGAUAUAGCAAACAGAGCUACAGAACAAGUACUAGCGACUUACUCAGACCAAAAGCCACCAAUUAUCUCAAUAGAGGAUGGUAUACGUGAACAAUCCUUCUUCCCUAAACCUGGAGAUGUAGUUAAAGUUGGUGAUGCUGAAACUGCCAUUGCUAACAGUCCUAAAAAGAUAACAGGAAGUAUCAGUUUUGGAGCACAACAACAUUUCCAGAUGGAAACUCAGAUCAGUAUUUGUACCCCUACCGAAGAUGGCAUGGAUGUUGAAGCCUCUACACAGUGGAUAGACUUAACUCAACAGUCUACUGCCAUGGUGCUUGGGUUACCAGAAAGCAGUAUAAAUGUGAAAGUGAAGAGACUUGGUGGAGCUUAUGGCAGUAAGAUUACAAGGAAUUUAAUUGUGUCCGCUGGCUGUGCUAUAGCUGCUCAAAUCAUGAAAAGGCCUGUGAAGCUAAAUAUGGAGUUUCAUACAAACUUUAAAAUGCUUGGAAGACGUCCAUCUUACAGAGCUGACUAUAAUGUUGGCUGCACUAAUGAUGGGAUGUUAAAUGGAAUCAAAAUACAGAUAUAUAGUGAUCUUGGUUAUCUUCCUAAUGACAACAACCUACCUGGAAUUGCCUCCUGGAUGGACAAUGCAUACUUUUGUGAAAACUGGAAAUUAACACCGGUGGCAGUAAAAACAAAUAAGCCAAUGAAUACAGCUUGUCGAGCACCAGGUUCUACACCAGCCAUAUUCAUGAUGGAAUCUAUUAUGGAGAAUGUUGCUAAGGAACUCAACCUUGACCCUACAUUAUUUAGAACUAUCAACCUAUAUAAACAAGGACAGAAAACACCUGUAGGAAAUACAUUGAACUACUGUAACAUCAGACAACUGGUGCCAGAGCUUAUGUCCUCGUCAGAUUAUAAAAGUAGAGCUGCAUCUGUACAGGCUUUUAAUCAGGCCAACAGAUGGAAGAAAAAGGGUUUAUCAAUUGUCCCUAUCAAGUUUGCCUUAUCCUAUGCAGGGGUCCAUUAUAAUGCUAUUGUAAAUAUUUAUGCUGGUGAUGGCAGUAUUUCUAUUGCUCAUGGUGGCAUAGAAAGUGGACAGGGGAUCAACACUAAGGUUUCCCAAGUGUGUGCAUAUGAACUUGGUGUGCCUAUGGAUUUGAUUAAGGUCAAGGCCAACACUACCUUAGCCAAUGCCAAUGAUGUUACAACAGGAGGUAGUAUUACCAGUGAGUUAUGCUGCUUGGCUGUAAUAAACUGUUGUCAAGAUCUGAAAACAAGAAUGGCACCAGUGAAGGCCAAAAUGAAAAAUCCUUCCUGGAAAGAUUUGGCACAGAAAUGUAUAGAAGAUAAAGUAGAUUUAUCUUCCAGAUAUUGUGUGUUCCAACCAGGCACAGAUGAUAUCCAAUACAAUUCAUAUGGUGUUACCUGCACAGAGGUGGAAUUUGACGUCCUGACAGGUCAACACCUAAUUAACAGGGUGGACAUUUUGUAUGAUUGUGGAGAAAGUAUGAACCCAAUGAUUGAUGUGGGACAAGUUGAAGGUGCUUUUGUAAUGGGACUGGGAUACUGGCUUACAGAAUCGGUCAAGUUUGCAAGCACAACUGGGCAACUGUUGACUCGCAGUACAUGGGAAUACAAGCCACCAAUGGCAAAAGACAUACCAAUAGAUUUUAGGAUACAGUUGCUGAAAAAUGCUCCAAACCCAGUAGGAGUUCUGAGGUCAAAAGCUGUUGGAGAACCACCUUUAUGUAUGAGCUGUUCAGCUUUGUUUGCAUUGAAACGAUGUGUAGAAGCUGCCAGGCAAGAUAUACAGAAAGAUACAUUCUUCCCGCUUGAUGGACCAGCAACAGUAGAUAGAUUACAAGAACUUUGUCUGGUAGAUCCAUCUCAGUUUGUAAUCUGAGAAUAAUGAAUGACACUUGAAGAAUAGUCAGCUGUACAUCAGGAAAUAUGUGAUUGACUUUGAAUUCAAGCUUUAAUCAGAUGAAUUAAUUUAUAUUUUUUAAAUGACUUUCUAUUUCAAACAUUGAAUGUUUGAAUGAUCUAAUUAGUGAAUCCAUGAGCUAGGUUUGAUAACACAGAUUCAUUGAUACAUAUUACAGUUGACACUUCUACCUUAUAAUGACCAACAGACAAUUAACGUAUAAACUAUUGCACCUUAAAUGAAAUAAUUAUGUAGAAGUUAGCAAAUAGAACAAAUUCAUUAUAUUGUUUAUUAUUUGCUUCAUCGGAUGGUGUUAUGGGGGAGAUUCUUGAUAUGUGCCUUUCAUUUUUGUAUCCCUUUAUAUGUUAAAGUAAAAUAAGGUCUUUCAUGUUGUUAUAUCGUUUUUUUUCUACUUUUUGCCUUUAUGCUAGUCACAUUUUUAUAUUUACAAGUAUAUUUUCACUCACUAAGUGCAUAAUUUUUUAAGAAAAUGCAUUAUUCUUAGCUUCUAAGAAAUCUUAUUUAAUGGUUAUGUAAUUAUAUAUUUUGCAUUCAGUAUUACACAAAGAAGCCUGUUUUAGGAGUCCAUUUAUUUGUGGCAUACAGGGCAAACUGUCCAGACAUGAUUUACUGUAAAAGACAUUUAUUAGUGGCAUACAGGGCAAACUGUCCAGACAUGAUUUACUGUAAAAGACAUUUAUUAGUGGCAUACAGGGCAAACUGUCCAGACAUGAUUUACUGUAAAAGACAUUUAUUAGUGGCAUACAGGGCAAACUGUCCAGACAUGAUUUACUGUAAAAGACAUUUAUUAGUGGCAUACAGGGCAAACUGUCCAGACAUGAUUUACUGUAAAAGACAUUUAUUAGUGGCAUACAGGGCAAACUGUCCAGACAUGAUUUACUGUAAAAGACAUUUAUUAGUGGCAUACAGGGCAAACUGUCGAGACAUGAUUUACUGUAAAAGACAUUUAUUUGUAUUAUUUUCUUUCAGACGGAGCAGUUAAAGUAGAUAAAUGUAGAAUUUUUUUUUUCAAACUAUUUUUUGCUUGAAAUUACUUACAGAGUCAGACUAGUACCAGAUAGCAUAAGAAAUUCAUAGAUUUCCCCUUAUUAUCAAUGAGUUCAUCAUUAGAAAAUAUAUUUAACUGGAAACUGGUUACUAACAAAAGAUCAGUUAGCACCACUAAGCAUAUAUCAUCCUUAUUACCAUCAGAAAGAGGGGGAUUAGAGUACAGGUUUUUGUUCAAUGUAGAUGUACAAUAUUUGUAAAUGCUUUUAUAAAUGAUGUAAGUAAUUCAGCAUUCAAAACCUGUAAAUAUUAAAAAAAAAGAAGGAUUAUUGUGAAUUGAAAACAAGAGACAAAAAUAAAAGAAAAGUUUUAACUGCUCAAUUUUGCACACAAAAAACUAAACAAAAACAGACUUAAACCAUGACAUUUAUAUGAUUGCUCAAGGUUUGCAUGAUUUUUUUCUUUAUUAAUUGAGGUGGUGAUAUUGUUGUUAUUUGCAUAUAAAAAUAGGUAAACUGUUUUAGGAAAUGCUAAUGUAAUGUAACUAAGAGACAAAUAAUUAAUAUGCUUACAUGUUUUUUCCAUUAAAUGAGUGCUAAUAAUUAAUACCAGAUAUAAUUUUAUUGCUGUCCAAUAAUAAAAACACCUGAUGAAAUUUAGGAAUAAUGUUUACCUUUAAAUUUUGUUGUUGCUUUUUAUGAAUAAUUUUAUUUGUUAUUUCCAACAUUUUUACAUGUUAUUGUUGAUAUAUAUUAUAUAGAAUUAAAUAGGUCAAUCAUUUUA